AUGUUUAUCCUAACCACCAUAUCAGACUUGAUUCAGAUUUCGCCCGAGGAUUUCUCAAAGUUCAGUGCAGUUGCACUUGAAGACAACAUCAAUGCAAAAUAUGCCAAUAAAGUCAUUCAAAAAAUCGGCCUUUGCAUCAGCUUCUAUGAUCUACUUGAGUCUUCCGAUGGCCUGAUUGGCCACGGAACCGGGUUGGUUAAUGUCAACGUCAAAUUCCGCAUGAUUGUUUUCCGACCCUUCAAAGGGGAGAUCAUGAUGGGAAAGAUUUCUAGCGGCACAGAACAUGGAAUCAAAAUUGGCCUUGAAUUCUUCAAUGACAUCCUGAUCCCGCCACAAAUGCUUAUGGAGAAGUCUCGAUUCGACUAUGCCGAGCAGGUUUGGAUCUGGGAGAGCGAAGGCGGAACAGAAUUCUUCUUCGAUGUAGGAGAAGUUGUACGAUUCCGAGUCGAAUCGGAAGAAUGGCAUGACCAAAUCCCUAAUGCCCCAGAUGUCGCGGAUGAAACCCCACAGGAGAGACGCCCUCCAUAUUCCAUUCUUGUUGGUCUCUCCAUAUCAAUUUUCUAG